AUUUUUUUAAGUCAAAAUUAUUGUUACAAAACAAGACUCUUUGUCUACCGUUUUAUUCAGUUCCGUCUCCAAAACGCAAAUCUUAGCUAUCUUCAGAACCAGACCUCAAGCUCAGUGUACUUUCUUGUGAUUUUUCGGACUUCGUUUGUUGAAAUGGAAAUGAAUGGAAAUAAGAGAGAAGAGGAUGUGAAAAUGGAGGAAAGUAAAGAGACUGUUGUGUAUAUGUGGGGCUAUUUACCGGGAAUUUCGACAGAGAAAUCGCCGAUUCUCUCUCCGACUCCGGUCCGCUUACAUGGCGAUGAUGCGUGGAAGGAUGUCUGUGGAGGUGGCUGCGGAUUUUCUCUUGCCAUUUCAAAGUCUGGAAAGCUGAUAACAUGGGGAUCAACAGAUGAAGAAGGUCAAAGUUAUCUGACUUCAGGAAAGCAUGGGGUAAUGCAGUUAUUUCUGAUAUGCAAAUUAUUUAUUGUAUUUUGUAUAACAAUUGAUUUAGCGUCCUCUUUCUGCCGCCCCAUUGUCAAGGAAACGCCGGAACCUUUUCUUCUUCCAACUGAAGCUUCAGUAGUGCACGCUGCUGCUGGUUGGGCUCAUUGUGUUUCGGUUACAGAUACGGGUGAAGUAUACACAUGGGGUUGGAAAGAGUGUGUUCCCUCGGCAAAAGUAGCGCGUGAUUUAACUACUGGUGGAAGUUCUCAGAAGGAUGUUAUGGGGAAACAAAGUGGUUCUCUUACUGAGCAAGUUAGCCCAAAGUCCGAAGGUUCGAAUGUAAAUGGUGGGACACAAUCUCAAUUUGACAACAAAAGUGCUGGGGAAGAAGUUGCAAAACGAAGAAAGACAUCAUCUCCUAGAGAAGAAUCUGAAAGCUCAACAUGUGAUGAUUUUUUUACUGUAUCCCCUUCUGCUGUAACUCUUAAUCCUGGAGUGAAGAUCACAAUGGUUGCUGCUGGUGGGCGCCACACUUUAGUAUUAUCAGAUAUGGGACAGGUGUGGGGUUGGGGCUAUGGAGGCGAAGGACAGCUAGGUUUGGGUUCCCGGAUAAAAAUGGUGUCAACGCCUCAUCUCGUACCUUGCAUUGAGUCAGCUGCUUCUGCAAAAGAUAGAUCCUUAAUUGUUCGUCAGGGAAGUAUGAACCCAUCAGCACAAGUUUCCAAGGUCGCUGGAACUUAUGUAAAAGGAAUUGCUUGUGGAGGUCGGCAUAGUGCCCUAUUAACAGAUGCUGGAGCUCUACUUACAUUUGGCUGGGGACUAUAUGGACAGUGUGGGCAUGGAAGCACAAAUGAUGUGUUGAGGCCAACUUGUGUGUCUUCUUUAACUGGUAUUCAGGUGGAGAAAAUUGCUGCUGGACUGUGGCAUACCAUGUGUAUCUCAGUUGAGGGUCGUGUAUAUGUCUUUGGUGGAAAUCAGUUUGGACAGUUGGGAACUGGUGCAGACCAAGCUGAGACUAUACCGAGGCUGUUGGAUGCUCCAAUCCUGGAAAGUAAGCGUGCAAAAGUUGUUUCUUGCGGGGCUCGUCAUAGCGCCAUGCUGACAGAGGACGGCCAAGUGCUUGGCUGGGGAUGGAACAAGUAUGGCCAGCUGGGUCUGGGUGAUUCAAUAGAUCGCAACAUCCCUUCUCUGGUACCCAUUGAUGGUUUUCUGCCGCAAAAUGUUGCAUGUGGUUGGUGGCACACACUAUUGCUGGGUGAAACACAGCUCUGAUUUUCUUAACUUCGGAGACGGGAUGACAGUUUUGGUAGGAUAGUUAGCCUCUUGACUAUUCUGUUACACUCACAAUCUCUUCUUACUUUGUCUUUUUUAUGUACAAGUUACAUAAUGGUUUAUGUUGUGCAUGCCUGGGAACAUGAGAUUUCGUUUUAGACAGUAGCUUUAGUUUAAAGUAGAUUGCAGUGGAAAUUUGCUGACUUUGUACACAUAAUACAACUCUGUAUUAAUACAAUAGAUGUUCAUUAGGUUUCUCACUCUAAAACUUAGCAAUCCAAAGAUAUUUGUGAA